AUGCUGCACGCUGAGGUUCUCGUGAAACAAGCGCAGAAAUCGCCAUUUUCUAAACAGUUCGCACUUCUCAAUCAGUUCUUCGAGAUAAUUGGGCAGAUUAUGGAUCGACUUCCUGAAUUUUCAUAUUUCAUUAAGCUUUCUGCCGAUGCGCUUUUACUAUCCUCGCGAUAUCACGCGGAUACGUUCAGAUUUUUCAAAUUUCCCAAAAAGUGGGAGAUUGCUACACCGUUAAGUGCAGUUGAUUUUGCUAUUCGUUUCUGCUGUAGCCUUGUCAAAGGACAACCGGGCUGGUCUGGUGCAUGGAAUGACUUGGGUGUCGCACUGCUGAGGAAAUGCCAGCUAACGAAAAAGAACAGUCCUGGUUGCAUGAAGUGA